AUGUCCAAUCGCACAGAAUUAGAGGUAUGUACGACAGAGGAAAAGCUCAUGCAAGUUGGCAUGGGACUGGGACCGGCAUUUAUAACUGCUGAUUAUGUCCAAGAAUUAAAAGCAUCAGAGUCAAUGCCUUCUGUGAAGAAAAUCUGCAUAGAAACUUUGUCAUCCAUCCUAGAAGGGCGGAAACUAAACCCACAGGGCAAUCUACUAAAGUUUUCACACAAGUUUUAUGAUCAUCAAAGAUUUAUCAUAAUCAAGGAGAUUAUAUCUGUUGUGGGCUCAAACUACUAUAACCAUGGGAAUCCUGAUCAUAAAGUCCAUACUAUGAUAUUGGCUCCUGGUUAUGGUGGAUCAGGGAUUGGUAAAUCAUGUUCAGGAUGGGAAUUACAACACCUGGUCACCCAUGCAGACAACUUUGGGUUCAAAUUCAACAUUCAUGAUGCUAAAAUUGGCUUAUUCUGGAAAGUGCUCCAAAAUCCCCUGCUAUCUCUAUAUUGA